AUGGAAUUUCGCCCUGCUAUCAGUUUACUCGGCCAACCCUAUUUCCAUGACGCACUUCAGUGGAGUGAAGACGAUCAGAUCGCCAUUUGCUUAAGAACCGGAAUUCAUAUUGUGACACCUACAUUUGUCGAUUUACGAUCUGAAGAGGAAGCUCAUGUUCAUACCGGAUUAAUCGAGUUACGUAAAGGAAAUCCGGACGCGCCUGCAGAAACUACAGUCAAAGACAAACCUGUACAAUCCAGUUUUCUGAUAGCAGAAGCAUAUCGUUGUGCACGAUGGUCACCGACUGGAUUAUCCCAGAUGAAAAGGUGCAUAUUAGCGGUCAUAACAACACAACAUCAAGUAACAUUAUACAGUGCGCCCAAUCCAAGAGAAUAUUUUGAAACCUGCCUCGAUAUGACCCCCUUAAUAAAAGACCAUGUCUUGGGAUCGAAAGACAGAUUCGAUACGCUGGAAGAACUCGACCGUUUUCAUACCCUUUGUUGUGCAUGGUCGCCGCGUAUCAUUCCUGAUGCUUUCAACGAGAAACCUGCUCUGAUUGCAUUGGGUAAUAAGGCUGGCGAAAUUACACUUUGGAGUUAUCAUUCUGCAUCAGGAGCACAGUUUUGCACCACUGUUCAACCGCACCAAUCCUUUGUCAACUUGGUCGAAUGGAGUCACUGGCGAAUUCACGGUAGCAAACACACGGCAUAUUUAAUUUCGACGUGUACGGAUGGAACAGCUGCACUAUCUACUGUGGAAGUAGUUGUAUCAGCGGAUGAUGCUGGUAAAACUGUCAUUCAGUCUGUAGUGGCAACUGUCGCCAAGACUUGGUUCGAGUCUGAUCCUGCUACUAUCAGCGUUCUAUCCAUUUGGGAUAAUCUGAAAAGCGAAAACGGUAAAACGAUCAGGGUAGCAUUGUGUAAAAACGCACGUGUCGAUAUUUUGUCAAUGAUACUCGAUGACGACGACGAUAUUGCCGACCAUCAAUCAGAAUAUUAUCUCGAGCACACAGUAAUGGGUUUAUCAGGCGCCAGAUGGGCGACUGAUGGAACACAGCUACAAAUGUAUACAUAUGAUCUACAAUGUGUAGUAUUAGACGUCGAUGACCAUGCCAAAUACACGUACAACAAACCAGUAUCAGCACAGACCAACGAACGACUCGUAAAUAAAGCAAACCAUCAAUGGAUUUUGGAGCAGGACAAGAUGGAUCGAGAAACAUUAGCUACAGCCAAUGCUGUUACGCCCAAACUAUGGUCUACGGCACAUACAACCACUGGCUUAUUCACAGCAGUGCUUUUUACGCUUCGUUCAAGCCGGGAUAUAAACUAUUAUGGCUCAGGCUACACUGAUCUUAUUUAUCUGGGCUUUUUGUUACAUCGUGAGCGUCAAGAUGACAAAAUUAUUGAAGGAAUAUGUGAUACGGUCGAAACGUAUGCCAAGGAUCCUGAAUUUUUCUUUACUUCGCCUGUCCAACAAUUACUUCACGAGUCACUACAAUAUAUCGUGGAUGAAGACGAUAAUAAAGCAGUGCUUCGAUGGUUAGAGAAAUUGGAUGAACUCAUGUCUCAAGGCCAGUAUAACAAAAGUAUUAGUACGGAUUCAUUAGCAAGGAGAUUAUUCUUUGAUGAACGAACGACAGCAGCCCGUAUUCUCGUUCGUGCAGAGUUGGAUCUCAAAAAUUACGAUCUAACAGAAGAAGCUUCACGUAAAUUAGCCAGUAUUUGCAGCAAAGCUAAAUCAUUUCUCAAACAACAAUUUGCUGUUACGACACUGGAUCAUAUCCUUAAUCUACCCAAAAACCGACUUCAAAAACUGAAUGAUGAGGAUAUCAUGGUCAUCUUGCUAUUUUGUGAUCGUAUUCUUGCACAACAAGAGCCCAUCCUGUUUGCCCUGGAACAAGUUCAAAUGACCUGCAAAGAUCUUAUCCAGUCGUAUAUAUCGGAUCCUUCACAAAAGGCUUUGCUACAACGAGAGAUGGACACUGCAAUAGAUUUGCUGGAUGGGAAUGAUUUAAAAGAACCAUUACCGGGAAGAGAGACAUGUCCAGGUUGCCAACAAUUGCUUACUAUCAAAGGCGACCGUUUGGCUGCUGUUGCAGCAUGA